AUGAGCGCAAACAAUCCACCAGGUUAUAACCCGUAUAAAGACACUAAUGGUAGAACACUUCGUGAUACUAAUGAUUCAGAGAUGACCCAGUACUCCAGAAGUCUCGGUCUCGGAGAAUCUUACUCGACGGGGGUUCCCGGUUCAUCGGACAAUGUACUAUACCCUGAAGAGGUCGCUCUUCACAGACAGGCCUCAGCGAAAAAACUGACUAGUAAUAAUCCAAUUGCGCGAGGCGACUCCUUAAGGAAACUCGCGAGGGGAGACUCUGUGAAACGGUUGCCACAGUUAGAUAGAUUUGAUCCCGCAAAUGCUUAUAAUUCAAGCGUCACCGUGAAAAAACCAAGUACCAGUUUGGAAAAAUUCCAAUCGUGGAUGAUCAACGAAGGCGCAAGGACAAUAUUUUUUGGAGUCUGGAUAUUCCUUCAUACGUUGGUAUUUUCGAUGGCCUUUCUCAAUUUUAUAUUCAGCGAUAACUGGAAUGGAGCACGAGGAGCCUUUGGCAUAACGUUUGUGCUCGCACGUUCUGCGGCACUUGUGUUGCAUGUCGAUGCGGCUAUGAUUUUAUUCCCGGUGUGCAGGAAUUUGAUUUCGCUUUUACGUGCCACCCCUCUGAACGGUAUAAUCCCAUUUGACGAGAACAUCGAAUUCCAUAAGGCCGUGGGUUGGUCAAUUGUAUUCUUUACGAUUGUACACACAGUGUCACAUUGGAUCAACUUUUGGGAACUUGCCAAAGCAAAAAACGGCGGCAUAAUUCUGUUUCUUAAACUUAAUUUUCUCACCGGUCCAGGAGCUACCGGUUACUUUAUGUUGAUUUUCCUGUUCAUCAUGGUUGUCACUGCCACCGACAAGAGUAGACAACGUCACUUCAAUCGAUUCUGGUACCUUCACCAUCUGUUCAUUUUAUUCUUUGCCGCCUGGUCAUUCCAUGGAGCAUUCUGCAUGAUUCAACCGGACCGACCUCCUUUUUGUGGUGACAUUGCUGUAUUUUGGAAGUAUUGGAUUACCUCGGGCACAAUCUAUGUCGCCGAACGUGUUCUUCGCGAGAUCAGAGGACGUCACAAAACCUACAUUUCAAAAGUCGUGAUGCAUCCUCAAUACGAAGGUAUCGACAUUUCUACCGAUAACCCAGAUCUUCAAAAAAUUUUACCUCGGGUUAUGGUUGACGGUCCAUUCGGUAGUGCUUCGGAAGAUGUCUUUAAAUUUGAGGUUGCGAUAUUGGUGGGUGCGGGUAUCGGUGUCACACCAUUUGCAAGUAUUCUGAAGAGUAUCUGGUAUCGUGUGACCUAUCCAACAAAGUCCACCAAGCUUCGCAAGGCAUACUUUUUCUGGAUCUGCCGUGACUACAGCUCCUUUGAAUGGUUCCAAUCAUUGUUAUUAGCCAUUGAAGAGCGCGAUAUAGAUCAAUUCAUUGAAAUUCACACGUACCUAACUGGUCGCCUACGUCAUUCAGAAGUAAAUAAUAUUUUGGUGAAUGAUGAUGGCAGCUCAAAGGAUACCAUCACACGUCUGAAAGCGCCAACACAUUUCGGUCGUCCAAAUUGGGAUAAGAUCUUUUCAACCAUGAGAGAUCAAUAUCCAGCGACUGAUGUAGGUGUAUUCUUCUGUGGACCAAAGCCUCUAGGUAAUGUCUUACAUGAAAAGUGUAAUUUGUGGAGUCAAGGAUUUAAAGAUGGUACAAGAUUUUUCUACGGAAAAGAAAAUUUUUAA